ACGUUACCAAAUUCUUUCGUCGACCACCACCUAGCGUCGUUCAUUUAUGAGAUACAUCAUUUCAUGUAUUCUCUUGUCUUGACUCACAGGGCAGGGCGUUUGGAGACAUCAACUCGGUAAAAGACGAAAGGGACAAAGAAUGUUCUUGCGCUGUGUGGGCAGGCACCUCCUCACAAAUGCCCACAAUGCACUGGGAAUACCCAGCCGAAGAGGAGGGGCAGUGUACGGCAGUGCCUACGCUGUCCAGGAGGAGGAGAUUCGGCAGAAGCUUCAGAGAUUCCCCGGGGGGUCGAUCAACUUGGUCAAGCAGGAGUCUGGGAUCGCCGUUAUGACUAUUAGCAACCCAGCUCGCAUGAAUGCAUUCUCAGGCACCAUGAUGCUGGAGCUGCAGGAUCAUGUGUCCCAGCUGGAGGAGUGGACUGAGGGGAAGGGCCUCAUUGUCCGUGGUGACGCUGGAACCUUCUGCUCCGGUUCGGAUCUGAACGCUGUCCGGGCGAUAUCUGACCCCCAGGAGGGGAUGAAGAUGUGCAUGUUCAUGCAGAAUGUGUUGACCAGGCUGCUCAGACUGCCCCUUAUCUCUGUUGCACUGGUGGAGGGAAGGGCUUUAGGGGGCGGAGCUGAGCUCACUACGUCCUGUGACUUCAGGUUGAUGACAGUCGGCAGUGAGAUCCGGUUUGUACACAAGCACAUGGGCCUGGUGCCUGGCUGGGGUGGAGCUGCCAGGUUGGUGCGGAUCGUGGGGAGCCAGAAUGCCCUGAAGCUGCUGGCCGGUGCGCAGAAGGUGGACCCGGCCUACGCUGAACAGAUUGGACUGUCGGACGGGGUGGUGGGCCCCCAGGAGGGGGAGGCUGCAGAGGCGGGGGUGGCGCUUGGGGAGGCUGAGCAGUGGCUGAGCAGCUUUACCAGAGGCCCUGCCUCUGUGAUCCAGGCAGUGAAGAAGGUGGUGCUCUCAGGAAGAGAGCUCCCCCUGGAGGACGCGCUGAGAACUGAGAGAGAUGUGUUUGGGACCGUCUGGGGUGGACCCGCAAACCUUGAUGCUUUGGCCCGCAAGUCAAAGCACAAAUGAGCCAAAACUAGACCAUAGGGAGGAACAUCGGGGAAUCUAGACCGAGCCUCUCUCUCCCUUCCCUGACCUGAUGAAUAUGUAACCCUGUAACCCCAGUAAAUGCAUUAGAGAAAGGUUUCAUCAUGUAGGGGUAAUUGAAUAUUAGUAAAUAGGUUCUGUUGACAAAUUUCUACUAUAUUCCUAAUGACAUGUUGAAAAUCAUGCAGAUGGGAUCACAAUGAACUACAGCUGAGCCUGGUGUGGCAGGCCCCCAUUUCCAGUCCAUGCAAGUCAUUUGUGUACUGCAUGGUAAGUGGUAAUGUUGGAAACAGAUUAUCAUCACUAUUUUUGCCUGCUCAGCUGUUGAUGGAAUCAACUGGGCAGAAACCUGUAUUUCGAGAUACAGUAAAGUGCCUUUAUUUAAACUCAAACUGUGUUGACUGGUGUGUGUGUAAAACUGUUACUGCACCCAAGGUAACUGCCAGAAUUGAUUUUCCUCUGUAGUGAAGCACAAAGUCUGAAAUGAGGCUCUGAUACUAUACCAACAAACAAGGCGCACUACCUGAACUGCUCCUGGAAUGACAACAGGUGGCACACCAUGUUAAAAGUGCCAAAAGCCAUACCACCCUGCACCAUUCCCAUAGUGCUGAAGCUAUGCAGGUGUGCACUUUGUAAGUAUUUGGAUUUCAGACAGGAAAAAUAGGUCUUGCUGCUGGAAGAGGUGUUUGUGGGCUAACAGGGGACAUCCUUCCCAACAUAGUGAGGGGGCUACAAAAUCCCUUGAAUUCCCAUCCACUUUGAUUUCCCAGUUUGUCAUUGCAAAGAAACCAGAAAUAAGAAUUGCAGAGAAAUCAGUUGAUUUCUUGGUUAACUAAAAGUUAAUUAAAAAAAACUCUGUAACCCUCUUCAGAUAAAGGCAUCCAAUAAAAGCAUCCAAAAGAAA